AUGGAUUUCGACAUGCAUAAUAAACAAGCGUCCAACGAAAACAAACCGCAGCCCGAUCACGAAUACAGCGAAAUUUGCGAACGUAAACGUUCCAAGUUACAACGUUUCGGAACGGCGCACUCACGGCGCAAAACAAAAGCGCGGGAACCGACGCCAUUGGUGGAGAAGGUAGGCGGACGCCCGCAUAAUAUGGCGGAAAUAUUACCAGCCGAGGAGGUAUUCAAGGUACGCUCGAGGAAGGGGAAUGGGGAGAAUGGAGCCUCCAUUCUCCCCAUUCCCCUUCCCUCGGAGAGGUUAAUUACCCACCGGCCGAUAAGGCAGCGGCUCGCUAAUUACGUACUUAUGGCCGAC